AUGGAUUUCAUUGUAACGUCAUCGCUACCAAUCGCGAUACAAAAUUUUUGUCUGAGGGUCAAGUUACGAGAAGUGGAUAAGCAUGUUCUCUCAAGGCGGAAACGACCCGUAUACGAUGUCCAAUAUAAUGAACGUGAACAAGUAUGUCGCAUUGUGACGCUAGAAAAGCAAUCUACAUCGCGGCGAAGGUCACGCCUGAGCCCAAAGCCAUCCCUUGAAACACACACCGCUGAAGAGAUUCUGCUCACCUGCUCUAAUCAAGAGUUAGCGCCUGGUAGAAAUGAAAUUACUGUGUCUGCCGUGGCCAAGUCGCGUGGUUGCUUCCUUCUCGAAUCGGUACAAGCGACUCUAUUUGAUGGAGCGUUAACGGUUGAUAUCGAAGACGUUACUACUCGACGAUUUGUCACAGUAUUUGUCCAAAGCACGCCUAAUAAGUUGUGGAUAGACGACAGUAAAGAUCUCUUGGCGGGCGUGGCUCAACGAGUAAAUGUUACCAUCGAAGCUGGAUCAUCUGUUGAUUGUUCCAAAAUUGAAGUUCGAGCAGAUACGAGCGAGGGAAUUGAGUUUUUGGUAAGGUGUAGUUGA